CUUUUCUCACCGUGCUCAGUCCCUAUCGAACCGCGGUCGCGUACGGAAGUCGAACUUCAUUUCAUCAUCGCUCGAGAAAAUUUCCAUCUUAUCUUUUCAUCCCAUCCAUUGUGUGCGAUGGUGGCAGCGACGGGCUGGUAGGAGGUGCUUCGCAGUCCAUUCCCACCGGGGAAAACGCGACUUUUCCAGCGGAAAUAUGUGCAUUAGAUAAUACUAUUAGCUUUAGUGUAAAAAUUAUAGGUGAAAAUGAGUGCUAAAGUAGGGAAAAUGAGCACCAAACGGGGGCUCAUGAUUAGCAUCGCUCUAUUCCUUUUAUGGAUAAAAUUGCCGGACCAAAGCGCGAAUGCAACUGUACAGACUGAAAUAAUGGCAAAAUGGGGCGACAACUUCGGUGAAGAGCUGUGGGAUCUAGCGCAAACCAUGACGAAAGCUAGCGAAAUCACCCAAAAGUAUAAGGCGUACAAUGCUCGGGUGGAGCACAAGGACGGCACCAGCCUAAUCAAAUCCAUCGUGGACAACGUCGGCCGAAUGUUGAUUCGUAAGAUGGACGCCAUCAAGUGUAUCAUCAACAUGGCCGAGCAGCUAUCCGAGGAGUUUGAGUUCAACGAAACGAUCUCGGGAAACUUCACGUACUAUUCGAGUAAAUAUUCGAAUAUCGAUGGUCGCCCGGAGCCGGAAAUACCGUCCACGUUGGAGGAGAACACCUGGAUGUAUCGAGACAUGUAUCUAAAUCCAGACACGCACUUCUUCAACAUCUCGGUGAAUACGUCGUACAGUUCAGUGCAUGUGCCUCAAAACGUAUACGACCGGUAUCCAUGGGUUAUGGAAGCUCUCCAGUGGUCGGAAGCGUUGGACGACGUGUUCCUGCAGAACUAUAACUCUGACCCGGCGUUGUCGUGGCAGUAUUUUGGUUCCUACACAGGUAUACUGAGGCACUACCCAGCAUUGGAGUGGGACCGUGAUCAGGUCGAUACUUUUGACUGCCGGAAACGUUCGUGGUACAUUGAAACGGCGACCUGCUCGAAAGAUAUUGUGAUCCUGCUGGAUAACUCCGGCUCAAUGACCGGGUACCGAAACUACAUAGCUCAAUUAACAGUGAAAAGUAUAUUAGAUACGUUUUCGAAUAACGAUUUCAUCAACAUCUAUAAAUACUCAAACGACGUAGAUCCAUUGAUCGAUUGUUUCGCGGACAUGUUGAUUCAAGCAACGCCGGAAAACAUCCGAUUCAUGAAUGAAAAGGUGCAAACACUUGAACCGGACGGGUAUGCAAAUGUUGGGAAAGCCUUUGUGAAGGCUUUCGGGUUAUUGCAGCAUUACCGGGAGAUGCGAAGGUGCAAUGAAACUGUAAGUGGCUGUAAUCAGGCCAUCAUGUUGAUUACAGAUGGUGUUCCUAGCAACAUCACUAACGUGUUCGAACAGUACAACUGGUACGAAAAUGGAACAAAGAUUCCGGUGCGAGUUUUCACUUACCUGCUGGGACGAGAAGUGACCAAAGUACGCGAAAUACAGUGGAUGGCAUGUUUGAAUCGUGGCCAUUACUCACACAUCCAGUCGUUGGAUGAGGUACAGGAAGAGGUGCUGAAGUAUGUAACUGUGAUAGCAACGCCCUUGGUAUUGCAAGGGGUGGAACAUCCACCGACGUGGACGCAUGCGUUUACGGAUACGGCGGAGAAUCUUCAAUCGGAUGCGGACGAUGACGAACCGCCUCGUCUCAUGAUCGCUGUCGGGGCUCCGGCUUUCGACAGAAAAGCUAAUCAUUACAAUGAAACUCGAACUGCUCGGCUGCUUGGUGUAGCGGGAACUGAUAUUCCUCUCGAAGAAUUGGAUGAUCAAACGUUGCCUUAUAAGCUCGGUGUAAACGGAUACUCCUUCAUUGUGAGUAACAAUGGAUACGUGGUGAUGCAUCCCGACCUUCGGCCUGUCUACAAGGGUCGUCUAAAGGAGAACUACAACAGUAUAGAUUUGACAGAGAUUGAGCAAGUGCUGAACGACAUCAUGGAAGCGUCGGACGAAACAUUGACGGGUCGUGAAGUCAAUCCGCAGAUGGAAGCACUUCGAGAAAACUUGGUGUUCUCGAAGUCGGGUAAAAUGUUGCAGGUUCCGGUGCGGUUCCACUACGACAAAAUGCGGCGUGUAUCGUUGGAAUAUCAGGACUACUAUUACGAACCGCUGGAGAAUACACCGUUUUCGUUGGGUUUGGCGCUACCGCACGAUUAUGGCAAUACGUGGAUAAAGGUUGGAGAUGAGAUCAAACGGAAUCAGCAUAUGGGACUGAAUAUAUCUGACUUUUUUGUUGGAGAAAACUGGAAACUUCAUCCUGACUGGAUCUACUGCAAGUACCACUACCUGGAAGGGCACGAGUUCAAAACUCCAGAGGACGAACUGCGGCACUUUUUGGUGCGGCUCUACGAACCGGACUGGAAGUGGUUCCAGCAGUACGAAUCCGAACCGGAUGAUGUGGCGAAAGAUGGUGACGAACCAAAUUGUGGCCGCAAGACGCUGGACGAUGAUGCUUACUAUUGUAACAAGGAGCUCGUCCAGCUGUUGGUGUUUGACGCGAAGGUCACUAAUACCAGCUACCGGAAUUGGAGGUUUGAGAAUGCCAAUGAGCGGAGGAUCAUUGACAUGUACAAUGCCACGCUGCGUUUCGUAGCGACCAUGAGUGGGCUCACGAGAUGGCAGUUCAUUUUUGGGGAGGUUGAAGUAGACUCAGAUCAUGAGUUUGGUGAUUACCAUAAAAAGGCCAUCGAUGAAACGUGGUACAGGAGUGCAAUUUUGCAACAUAAGAUCGACCCGAAAAGUUUUGUCUACUCGGUGGAGCACGCUUCGGAUGAAGCAGAAAACGAAGAACUGAAAGUCACGGCAUCGAUGGGAAUCUUUCCCAGAGACGGUGGCUUGGAAGCGCCUGGUUGUGUGACGGGAUUCCAGUUUUCGCAUCAACUGAUGUACGAACGGUUCAUGGAGAUAACGGCAAAAACCACCUGUGACGGGUGCAUAGAUACAUGCAACUCGGAGUCUCGUGAUUGUUAUGUGAUCGAUCACAACGGCUACGUAAUUUUGUCCGAGAUUUACAACGACACGGGCCGAUUUUUUGGAGAAAUUCAGGGGGCGAUCAUGCAGUCUAUGGUUGACAAAGAAAUAUUCUCCAUGAUAACGGUGUAUGAUCUGCAAGGCCUGUGCGAUUACGAAAUAGAGGCGAAGAACGACGCUUUUCCGUUGAUGCAUCCCUGGCGGAUACUGAAGCUCGGAAUCAACUGGUUGAUAACGGAGUUCUUCAUUGCUUUGUCAAAGUUUGAUUUCUGGGUUCACGGCAUUCCCAGCCCUGAUUUCGAUUAUGAUAUAGGAGUGGACUACGAAGAUUCCGAUUACAGUGAUGUGCCACGUAAAAAACCAAAGAAACCUCUCGUAGAUGAAGAAGAGGAAUAUUUUAACCGUCCCAAGGAAAUCAAAAUGGAGACAAUCUACGAAGCGUGCGACAAAAAAUCAAACCUGUACGUCAUGCAGCAGGACAAGUUUAUCAAAGGGGUUGGAUUCUUCUACGAGUCGGAACCAGUGAACCCAAUGGAAUUGUUACAUCGGCCAUACUUCGCCAAACGAGUUCCACGAUCGAAUCUACUGAUGGUCAUUGUCGAAAGCGAAUUCCCAUCGGACCAUGUGAUCCUGUCGGCAGCUCCACAGAACGUCGUUCACAAUACGACCAACGAGCUGCCGUGCGUGAAAACAAGGUUAAACUUCUUACCCCGCCGACGGUUGGAGGAGUGCUACACUGAGCAUCCCGAUGAGGAUGUAGUGGCUCAAUGUGGCGAUGCCUCCAAGACAACAAUUCAACUGACUGUAGUGGUAACGUCUUUAGUAUCACUUCUGUUAUAUCGAUGUGCCCAAAUGUUAGCUUAGGCUAGAGCUAAGCAAAACGAGCGUAGACGGAGUCAGAUGAUAAUCCUGGUUCAAUACUCUCGGCUGAAACCAAAGUCUUUAAAUUCGUAGAACUAGGAGAAACAUUUUUCGAGCAAGCAUAUACCUGUAGAUGAAAAGAUGAGAAAACUUUUAUACUGGAAACAUUACACGUGUGACCCUAUUCGUAAACCGUGAUGACACGUGAAAGGAUCCAAAUUUGUUGUACAACUUUUUUUUUCCUAAAGCGAAACGCACAUUCAAAUGGAAAGACCCUUGGAAUCUAUACAAUCAGGAAGAGUCAAUAUUUUGAACUUGUACACUCUUGCGUCCACAAUUAUGCCAUUCGAAGACUUACCAUUUACCGCCCUCCAUUUUCUUACUAUCGUGCCAUGUGAUUAUCAUUUCCACACGACUUACCGGCUGAUAAUACUCCGAUUUACUUCAAGGGUCAGUGACCUCCACCCACAUAUGAAUAAUCCAAAUUGUUCAUAAAUGGAUACUUUUUACUGUCUCUUUAACCUUACUCUAUUCCUAGAAUAAGUGGGUCUAUUGAAUGAGAAGAUUUUCUAAUGUGUAACCAUCUCUGGUGAAGUGGAAGAGAUAGAAAAAAAGUACUCAUUCAUUGGUAAACGAGUUAUGCUUUCGUUCACACAAACACAAAUACAAACCCCAAAUAACAUUGAGCUCGAAUUCAUCAUAAGCACAAAUGUUUUAUCAUUCCCCUCAACACGAGCCGCACUUUUUAACUAGAACACGAAAAACAUACGGAUAUACAGAACCUCAGUCAAUACUCAAAACUGCGUGAAGUACGGAAUCUGAUGCACAUGACAUAGUUGUUUUAUUCUUGAUACUUGUUAUUGGAAAGGUAAACGUGUAACUGGGUAAAAGGUAAUUUGCACAGAAAAAAAAAUUAAGGUAAGAAUUGUGUUUUAAGUAGUUUUUUGGAUAGUCAAAAUUCAGAUUAGAAAAAUGUAAAUAACGAUUAUUGUAAAAAGACACAUUUCUUGUGAUGGCCACCACUUCAUCCGUUGAUUGAAAAGAAGACAUUCGGACGCAAUAUUUAGUACAGUGGCGACAUAAACAGUGGUAUACAAGUAGAAAGUAGCUAGUCGAAGUCGCCUUUUUAAUGGGAAUUUUGUUACAUUAUUGCAAUUACGGAGAUUCAUAAGUUUAUAUUUUGUUCGAUGUAACCAGAGGUAUAACGGAACACAUCCUAUGUGAAAUUGUUGUUAA